AUGCCUACUCCCACCUAUCUGCCUGGCUCCAGUCUACCUUCUUUGCUACUGACUCUGCUCCUUGGCCUUUCUGGAGCCCAAGACCAGGAGACCAUCCAGGUGCUGCAGCCUAAGAAUUCCAUGUCUGUGGAAGAGAGACAGGAAGUCACUCUUAACUGCACAGUGCCUGGGAUUCCACCAGCAGGACCAGUGAAAUGGUUCAAGGGGAAAGGGCUCCAGAGACAGGAAAUUUACAAUUUCAAAGGAGACUUCUUCCCCAGGAUAAAGGCAGCUGACCUAUCAGCCAGCAACAAAGACUUCUCCAUCAGGAUAAGCAAAAUCACUGCAGAGGACUCAGGCACCUAUUACUGUGUGAAGUUCAAAAAGGGGAAUCCUGACACUGAACUUAAAUCUGGUGGGGGCACUAAGCUGACUGUGACAGUUAAGCCAUCCAUCCCCUUAGUGUCCAGUCUCUCAGGAAGGAUAAAUCCAAAUCAGACAGUGACUUUGACCUGCCUGGCAAUGAGAUUCUUCCCCAGAAACAUCACUCUGAAAUGGUUUAAGAAUGGGAAUGAACUCUCUGCACACCGGACCAGAAUUGUCCCUGUUGGAGAUAGUAUCACCUACAAUGUCACCAGUGAUGUACAGAUGUUCCUAACUGCAAAGGAUAUCCUCUCCCAAGUCACCUGCGAGGUGACACACAGCACGUUACAGAAUCCUCUUCAUGGGACAAAGAACUUGUCUGACCACCUCAGAGUUCCACCUGAAGUAACUAUUUCCACAAAAUCUGUCGUCUUGAACCUGACAAAAGUCACUUGCCACAUGAAGAGGUUCUAUCCCCAAAGUAUGAUGGUCACCUGGCAGGAGAAUGGAUUCUUGUCUAAGGGAAAUGAGACAUCACUGCUCCAAAGGAAUAAUGAUGGGACCUACACUCAAGACAGCUCAAUAUUGGUCAACACAUUUGUGCAGAAAGAAGACAGUGUCAUUAUCUGCCAGAUGAAGCAUGAUUUGGAGCCUCCAGUCAGUGUCAGCAAAAUAAUAAGAACCUCCUUUUAUCCUGAUGCACUAAGGAAACAUUGUGAAACCAGUGAAAAAGAGGAAGAGAUUACCUCCAAGUCAGAAAGUAUCCUGUGUAACCUGUCUUUGGCCACUCUAGGAGGUGGUUCUGGACUCUCACAAGCUACAGAGUACUUCAUAAUGAGCCUUCUGGGUAUGAAGGUGCUGUUCCUGCUCAGCCUUUCUACAAUCUACAUUCUCAAGAAGCACAGGAUCAAAAAGGUUGAGGUGAAAAACCGUGACACUGAUGCCUUUAGUAAGUCAGGACUGCUGACCCUGACCCCAGGCUUCUGA